CACAACCCGACACCCAACUUCAUAUGCUCCCGUCGGUUGCCUGAGUGAAGCGCGCAGGAUAUUGCCGAGCAGGCCUUCGCUAACCCUUGUCCACACGCAUCAUGUUCAAUUAACUAUCAUAAUACCCCAAUCGUGUUUGAUGGAACCUGAAACUUUGGUCCGGUUGGGCUUGGAAAUAUCGACGCGUGGGCCAUGUGUCAAAGAGGAUUUGGGGGGCCCAUCGAGGCCAUGAUUGGUGAACGAACGAUUGCUCCGCCACUGUUGCCUUCCGCCCCUUGUGCUUUCUCGAAUAAGGCGAUGAGCUGAGCUGAGGCUGCUGGAACAUUUUCCCUCCUUCUCUUCCUUCUGCUCGUCUCUGAGACUCGAAUCUUGGUGCCUUUCAUUUACCUGAUUUUGCACUCAUUCAUUUUCUUGUUCCAAUACAGCGCAGACAAUCGCCAACCCACAUUAUGGGAAAACUCAACACUUCUCCGCCUCCCGGCCUCGCCGGAAGCAGCUCCGACGCUGACGCCGUGUCGCUCCACUCGCAGUCCGGCGGCCGAGUGUUCGAGAACGAUCUCGAGGAUGGCGAGACCAGCUUCUACAAGGUGGAUGCAAACGCCGGUACCGAAUUUCUCAUCCAUGAGAGCCUAGAUAAGAACCCAUCCGACUUGGAGCGCCAAAUCCGGAAGUCAGCUACCAAACCGCCACGCCCCUCCGUCCGCGUCCUCGGCACUCACAGCCAGACGGUCCAGGAAAAGGGCAAAUCGGAGAAGAAGACCAUCACCGACUUCGACGUGUCACUGGACCUAACCCCGUACCUCUUCUCGGACGCCGCGAGUGCCACAUCCUGGACGAAACUCCGUACCGUCGAAAACACUGAGAAGACCCGGCGCGGUACCAUCCUACCGAAGCGGGCACCCGGUGUCAAGCGGGACAUUGAGGUUACCAGCCCAAAACCGACUCUCGCUGAAUGGUGCCACCGGUACUGCGCCAGUCAUUCCAGCAUUAAAUCGUUCGUCCUCAAACGGGAGGUGUCGGGGUUCGACCAGGAGAAGAUGAGGGAGAAGCUGGAGACCCUCGUUCGUGGAACCAACUAUCGUGGGAAAGUCACCAUUUCGUUUCCGGUCAAGGACAACAGCGUGGUGAUUUACAGCGACUGCAAGGCCAACAGAUGGCGCUUGACGCCAUGGAUCGUCUGGGUGUGCUAUCUCUCGUUCCUGUGGCUUCUCACCUGGCCGUACCUCUUCUUCCGGACCAAGCGGUUUGAGGUGGCCAUUGCCGACUGGCCGUUCUCGGUUAUAGAAUACGAUGGGAGCCAACAGUACGUUAGCAUGUCGGAGGACCAUAUCUACAACCUCUGGGGUCGGGCUAUCAGCCGGGCGGUUUUGGAUAAGCGACAAGGCACCCUCGGCCAAGAGGACCUCAUCGCCUCGCAGACUGCCCCGGAACAGCCAUUCGGCAACGCCCUAGAAGGGGCUCCGAGCUUCCUUCGGCAUGGAGUUAAUGCCAUAACCGCGGUGAAUCGCCAAUUGGGCUGGGGUGGGGAUUCAUGGUAGGGAGAUAUUGACAAACUGCAAGGAUUUCGAGGCAUGUCAGCGACGGGGUUGGGUGUUUCUGGUGUUUCAAUGUUCUUCCGUGUUUUAUAUUCGGAUCUUGUAGUAACACAUCUUUUCACUCCCAAAUCUCCUGUCGUCUAUCCGUUCAUCCGGACCGUGUACAGAGUCCUCGUGGUGGUGUGGAGGACACAUCCCUCCCCUCCGAAUCUUAAUCUCGUCCCGAAAUGUAUCAUGUCCGUAAGCCGUGGUCGCGUCUCCCAUUUGCUAUCAAGGGGCGAAUUCAUCAUCGAGGUCAAAUGACUUCAUGACAGCAACCAGCACAGGAGCGGAGGUCAAAAUCGAGUUGUGUCCUAAGAUCGUUAGCCCACUCCCUCCCUUUACUCCCGGCUGCCAGGAUGGAAACCUACCUCCAUGCGGGAACAGCUCCUG